GCCUCAACGCAAUCAGUGUACAAACACAAACCACACUGGCAAUCAUUAGCACCCAGCUACAGGCAUUGUCUAAACCGGAAUGGCAGUGUGUCAAUUAGUGUGGGAUUUGUCACAGUUGUAGCACAGAUGUUUUGACAAUGAGCAGGAUCAGUCAGACAACGUAAGAGUAGCAGGACACACGCAACCAGCUUAAGGACAGUGAACAAACCAUACUGACAUACUGUGCGAUAACUUUUGGGUAGUACUAGUAAACUAAUUUUAGCGGCGUUUCACUGCAUUUCACGGACGGUUUUACCAAGUCAAGUGCAUGAUAACCUCAUCAAACGAGCCAGGAACGUCAAGUAACGCCAUUAGGUGGGAAAUGAAGACAGGUUGAAGGAAGCGGCGGGGACUCAGACAGGUUGAAGGACCCGAUCAUCACGCGAAGAGCAGAACGACAACCUCGUCGCUUCUCUCGCCAGGGGGCGCCGAUGCUGCCUGCCGUCACCGAUUGACGCGCAUCACGCUCGCUAUCACGGACGCACGUGUCCACCACCAGAGGUCUCUCUCGUGUCAACGAUCGCCGACGCAGCACGCCACCAGGGGUCUCUCGUGUCAACGAUCGCCGACGCAGCACGCCACCAGGGGUCUCUCGUGUCAACGAUCGCCGACGCAGCACGCCACCAGGGGUCUCUUGUGUCAACGAUCGCCGACGCAGCACGCCACCAGGGGUCUCUCGUGCUUCGACGUGGCAACCCGUCCGUGACCUUGAACACGACCCUUCGAUGCAACGCGCCGCAAACGACCGGAGACGCAGCAGCCUGCCACCAGGUGGCCUCGCCGGCGCAUCGUCGUAGCGACUGCGGCGUCUGACCAGCAGCAUCAUCAGCAGCGGUCGUCGGCGGCGACGAUGUCUCGUUGUUUCGCGUGUCUGUGUGUCGCCAUAGUGCUGCAGUGCCUCGGCAUCGAGUCCGGGGCCGUGCGUCUACUCCCCGUCUACUGGAACGCGUCGAACCCGAUCUUCCGUCGCGACAACACCGACCACGUGUUUGACGUUGCCAUCGGCGACGCGCUGGACAUCGUCUGCCCGCGCUACCCGCACGACUUCCCGGCGGAGGACGCGGAAUACCACGUCGUGUACCAGGUGUCGCGCGAGGACUACUCAGCGUGCCGCGUCACGCCGGGCGCCGCGGCAACGAGGCAGCUGCUCGUCUGCAACCGGCCGCACGAGCAGCGCACGUACACGCUGUCGUUCCGCGAGUUCACGCCCGUGCCGCGCGGGCUCGAGUACCGGCGCGGCGCCGACUACUACUACCUGUCCACGUCUAGUGGCGCCAUCUCUGGGAUGCACGAGCGCAGCGGCGGCGCGUGCGCGGAACACAACAUGCGCGUCGUGUUCAAGGUCUGCUGCGAAGCGACGACGACGACGACGACGACGACGGUGGCGCCCCCGCCGCGGCGGAGCGCCGCGCGGGACAAUGCGACGAUCGCGGCGCCGUCGCGGCACGACGUGACUGCCGAGGGCGUCGCGGCGACGACGAACGCUCUUGUGUUUUCGACGACGAAGAAGUCGCGAGCGGCGCCGGACUCGCACAAUGACGUUCUCGCGCGGAAAGCUGCGGCGGCGUUCCUGAACGCGGCGAGGCCGGUGGCGCCAUCUAUAGCGCUGGUGUGCGUGGCGAUCGCUCGCGCGCUGCUAGCGCAUGCAUAGAACAUGGACGUCGUCGCCCGCCAUCUACGCACAUCCAUGUAUUUAUGACGAGACUGUGGCGCCCCCACCGUGAAACAAGUGAGCGUGUAAAUGUGGCCUGUAAAUUUUGACGCGCUGAUAUUCGUCAGGACGGAUAAUCUUCUGUACAGAGAGUGAACGAACGUGUGCUAUAUUAUUUCAUGGAAUUCCUCACGUGUGAGCGUUACCGUGGGAACAAGAGGACAGCGUUACAUAUUCGCAGACGCCUGCAAACUUUCUGUGCGUACGCCGCGUUCAAACGACGAGAAUCGCACGCAAACGGAAAAUUCUACAAGCACGUGAUUAUUAACACGGUCGUGUACGUGUGAAUGAGUGGGGUGUGAGGGAGAUUGAAGGGGAGGGGCCGAGCCCCCAGUACUGGUUCGUGUACGUGUGAAAGAAGGGGAGAGGGGGGAGAGUGAUAGGGCCUAUCCCCCAGUAAAGUUCGUGUGCGUGUGAAAGAGGGGGAGAGGGAGAGUGAGGGGCCUAGCCCCCAGUUAUGUUCGUGUGCGUGUGAAUGAGUGGGGAGAGUGAGGGGGCCUAGCCCAAUACGGUUCGGUGUUUUACCGCGUUUUAUUGCUAACGGUGUGUCAACGACAAUGAGAUCACAGGCCCCUGUGCGUGAGAUUUUAAACCCUGACAGCAUUCGCCCACCUCCGCCUCGGUGCGGGGUGUGUGUGUGGGGGGGGGAGGGAGAAUUUCGGGCUUGAAGUCAGAAAUCAAUAGAUGUUACGAUAAUUUAUAUGACAUGCUUGAGUUGCUGCGCAUGCGUGACACUGCCAAGCACUGUCACACUUGUAUGUAUGUAUAACUGUAUUGUGAAAGCACUGUCAAUAUAAUUUUUUGAAUGGA